GGGGAGUAAUGAACCUAGUUGUUCAUAGUGCUCACGGUGCUUUAUUCUUGAACUCGAUUGAUUGCUCGGCUGUCAAAAAAGAUGGCAGAUAUAUCUUUGAGCUUGUUGAUCAGUGCAUUGAAGAUAUAGGGGCUGAAAAGGUUAUACAAGUGGUGACUGACAAUGCUAGUGUCAAUAUAGCAGCAGCAAAUCUAUUAAAAGCAAAGAGACCCUCCAUAUUUUGGAAUGGAUGUGCAGCCCACACAAUUGAUCUCAUGUUGGAGGACAUAGGGAAUCUUCCAGAGGUUGACAAAACAAUUACCCAAGCAAGGCUAGUGACUGUGUUCUUGUAUGCUCAUAUAAGGGUGUUGGCUUUGAUGAGGAGUGUCCUUAAGAAAGACCUUGUGCGCUCGGGUGUUACAAGGUUUGCCACAGCUUAUCUCAAUCUAAAAAGCUUGCAAGAUAACAAGAAUGGGCUGCAAAAACUAUUCAGAUCAGAUGAGCUACAUGAGAUGGGCUACUUAAAGAAGGACAAAGGGGACAAAGCUAACAAAGUGGUGAAAUCUGAAGCCUUCUGGAAACAUGUUGAUAUUUCUGUCGAUUUCUUUGAGCCAAUGGCCAAUGUGUUAAGAAGAAUGGAUAGUGAUGUGCCAGCAAUGGGAUUCUUCUAUGGUAGCAUGUUAGAUGCAAAACAAGAAAUUUUGUUGAGGUUCGACAAUGAUGAGAGCCGCUGCAAAUCUGUUUUGGAUAUCAUCGACAAACGUUGGGACAACAAGCUGAAGAAGCCUCUACAUUUGGCUGGUUACUUUUUGAACCCCUACUACUACUAUCCAAACAAGGUUCAGAUUGAAAAAGAAGGAAAAUUUAGAGCAGCCGUGAUCACGUGCAUUACGACAAUGAUUCAGGAAGAUGACGAACAAGAUGCGAUGAUUGAAGAACUCAAGACAUAUCGAGCUGGGAAGGAGUCUUUUGGAACUGACAUUGCCACAAGACAGAGGAAGAACAAAAACUUUGAUCCAGCAACAUGGUGGCUGAAUCAUGGAACAAGCUCACCAAACUUGAAGAAUUUGGCUGUAAAGAUUCUUAGUCUGACAUGCAGCUCAUCUGCUUGUGAGAGAAAUUUUUCAGCAUUUGAACAUGUCCAUACAAAGAAGCGCAGUAGGCUACUUAGUGAUAGGCUUAGAGACCUUGUCUUUGUCAAAGUCAACUCAAGGAUGAUUGAUAGGAGAGAGAACAAGAUAAGAGACCCCAUAGAGAAGAUAGUUGAGGAUGUUCUGGACGAUGAUGAGAACGAAUUCAUUACUGGGAUUGUCCCUGAAGCCAUUGUUCAAGUCGAACAAGAACAACGUGAUAUUGAAAAUCAGCAACCAGAAGCAUCGACGUCGCAAGCCCACCGAAAGAGACAUGCACACAUUAGGAAGAAGAGGAAGAAGAGCAUCCAUUCUUUGCUUAAUUCUGUCCAAGAAGACGCUGUACUUUCUGAUUCUACCAAUUCUUCAUCAUCGGAAUCAGAAGGUAAUCAUGACGACAAGCUCUCUGAUGCUUCAGAUGACUCGGAGUGAUCGCAGGCAUGUCUUGUUGGUUAUGUAAAGUUGCUAUUGCUUGCU